UACGAGUGCGAAAAUUUUUUAGUAGAGUGCGUUACCGCUAGUGUGCUAAAUCGGACAGACAUUUCUUUAAGAGUAAGGAAAAAAUAACAAUCAAGAUGUUGAAGCAAGUAUCCAAACAAUUGGCUAUCCAAUCCAUGAGGAGUUUCUCCACCAGCAGACAGAACAACUACAAAGUUACUGUCUGUGGUGCCUCUGGUGGUAUUGGUCAACCAUUGUCUUUGUUGUUGAAACAGAAUGGUCUGGUUACCGAUUUGGCUUUAUACGAUAUUGUACACACUCCCGGUGUAGCUGCUGAUUUGUCUCACAUUGAUACCAAGAGCAAAACUACCGGUUAUAUGGGUGCUGACCAAUUGGGUCAAGCUUUGAAGAAUGCCGAUGUUGUGGUUAUUCCCGCUGGUGUACCCCGCAAACCCGGCAUGACUCGUGAUGAUCUUUUCAAUGUCAACGCUGGUAUCAUUAAGGAUAUUGCCAAUUCCAUUGCCAAGAACUGCCCCAAGGCUAUGGUAGCCAUUAUUACCAAUCCCGUUAACACCUGUGUACCAAUUGCUGCUGAAAUCUUGAAAAAGGCUGGUGUCUAUGAUCCCAAGCGUCUUUUCGGUGUUUCCACUUUGGAUGUUGUACGUGCCCGUGCUUUCAUCGGUGAAGCUUUGGGUGUUGAUCCCCAAAAAGUCAAUAUUCCCGUAAUUGGUGGUCAUUCCGGUGUUACCAUUUUGCCCGUAUUGUCUCAAUGCCAACCUGCCUUCAAGGGUGAUCAAUCGACUAUUGAAAAAUUGACUGUACGUAUCCAGGAAGCUGGUACUGAAGUUGUUAAGGCCAAGGCUGGUGCUGGUUCCGCCACUUUGUCUAUGGCUUAUGCUGGUGCCCGUUUUGCUGGCUCCUUGCUCAGAGGUUUGAAUGGCGAGAGCAACGUUGUUGAAUGCUCCUAUGUUCAAUCGAACGUUACCGAAGCCACCUUCUUUGCCACUCCUUUGGUUUUGGGCAAACAAGGUUUGCAAGAAAAUUUGGGUUUGCCCAAAUUGAAUGAUUUCGAAAAGAAAUUGUUGGAAGCUGCCAUUCCCGAACUUAAGAAGAACAUCCAAAAGGGUAUUGAUUUCGCUAACGCUUAAGUUGUUUUCUUUCAACAAGCACACAAACCUCCAUCAAAUCCUUAGGAUUUUUUUAAACUAUUAUUCAUUACCUUAAUGAGUCAAUUGGUAAACCCACCCUUUUAAUUACCACCUUUAUAAUGCUGCUCCUUAAUUUGUCAGUUACUCGUACUUCUACUAGUUGAAUUGCAACUUUUUACGAAAAAUAUUUUGCAACUUUUCCAAAGAUAUUAUUUAAUGUUUAAGUAUAAAAUGAAAAAGUGUUCGAAUAAAGAGCAACAAAAUAGCUGGAGUUUACUUAAAACAAUUAUUGUGUAUUUAUAAUUAGAGACAAAUUACAAACAGAAAAUAACCUCAAUAAAGAAAAUUUAAUUUAUAAAGAAAA